UCCCGCGGAGCGAUGCUGGCGGCAGCGGCGCUGUGCGCGGCCGCGCUGGGAUGCGCGGCGGGGGCGCGGCUGCUCAGCGGGCAGACGGUGUGCAGGCGUGGGACGCAGAAACCCUGCUACAAAAUCGUUUAUUUCCACGACGCCUCCCGCAGGACCAGCUACGAGGAGGCUCACCUGGCCUGCAGGGCUGACGGGGGACACCUGGUCAGCAUCGAGAGCCCAGCGGAGCAGAGGCUGAUCGAAUCCUUGAUCAGGAGCCUCCUGGCCUCGGAUGGAGACUUCUGGAUUGGGCUCAGGAGGAGGAAGGAGGAGGGGGACAACAGCACUGAGUGUCACCGCUUCUACUCCUGGUCAGACGGGAGCUCGUCCAAAUUUCGGAAUUGGUACGUGGACGAGCCGUCGUGCGGGGGCGAGGUGUGCGUGGUGCUCUACCACCAACCCUCUGCCCCCCCUGGGCUGGGGGGUCCCUACAUGUUCCAGUGGAACGAUGACAGGUGCACCAUGAAGAACAACUUCAUCUGCAAAUACUCCCUGGAGAAGCCAACGAGAGCUCCAAUAGACAAUUCCCGAAGAGCUGUGGCAACAGAGGCCUGGAAGCCAAAGUUCCCAGAGGAACGCUGGAGGAAAGGUGCCAAUGGAACAGCUGGGAGAGCCAGAGAACCCAUUCAGGGCCUUGCCUUCAUCCUGAUUUCCAGCGUUCCUGUGCUGCUUCUCCUGCUGGCCAUCACAGGCAUCUCCUGCUUUUGGCUCUUCAUGAAGAGGAGACAGGAGCUGCUGGAUGUGGCCCCCAAGGGUGACCGGGCCUGGCUGCCCCAGCCCGGCAGGGACAGCCCCAGGCUGGACAUCUCCAGGGUGCUCCACAAGCAGAGCGAAGCUGACCUGGCUGGGGCCAGGCCUGGCACGAAGAAUUCCUCCUUCCGUGCCCACGAGGGGCUGCAGAGCCCCUGCAGGGACCCCCAGGACCCCUCCAGCAGGGGCUGGGUGACACUGGCCAGCACGGAGAGUGGCUUUGUCACCAACGACAUCUACGAGCUCUGCGGGGACCGCGUGGGCCGGAGCAAGGAGUCCACCUGGGUGGACAAUGAGAUUUAUGGAUAUUGAGG